UCAUUUCUAAUCGGCAUGUUCGCCUAUCAAGUGCUGAUUUUUCCUUGCCUGCUGUUGGCUCUUGAUCCUACCGCUGCUCAAUAUCUACAGAGCUCCGUCGCCGUUUCGUGUACUACGCCCUACGUGCUUCAAAAUGGGGCUUGUGUGCUCCCAACGGUUGCCUCGAGCCCUUUAAUCAAUAUUUAUGCGAUGACAACUUCACCAUGCUCGACUCAAGCGGCUCUUCCCUCUACACCUGUGCAAUCUUUACCUGCACUUUGUCCUAAUCAGCCUGUAGCACCCUGUCCAACACCAAGCUCAACUCAGCCAAGUGUUCCUGCUCAGCAUCUUCCGUGUCCGAAUCAACCGGUGGCACCCUCUCCGACCGUUCCAGUACAAUCUCAACCUCUCCCUUGUCCGAAUCAACCGGUGGCACCCUCUCCGACUGUUCCAGUACAAUCUCAACCUCUACCAUGUCCAAAUCAACCUGUGGCAUCCUACCCAAUCGUUCCAACUCAACCUCAACCUCAAACUCAACCUCAACUUCUCCCUUGUCCGAAUCAGCCUGUGGCACCCUCUCCGAGCGUUCCAGUACAAACUCAACCUCUCCCUUGUCCGAAUCAACCUGUGGCACCCUCUCCGAGCGUUCCAGUACAAACUCAACCUCUCCCUUGUCCGAAUCAACCGGUGGCACCCUCUCCGACUGUUCCAGUACAAUCUCAACCUCUACCAUGUCCAAAUCAACCUGUGGCAUCCUACCCAAUCGUUCCAACUCAACCUCAACCUCAAACUCAACCUCAACUUCUCCCUUGUCCGAAUCAGCCUGUGGCACCCUCUCCGAGCGUUCCAGUACAAACUCAACCUCUCCCUUGUCCGAAUCAACCUGUGGCACCCUAUCCCAUCGUUCCAGUGCAACCUCAACCUGCUCCCACACCGGCUCAACCUAUUACACCCUAUCCUCCUGCACCUACAACAACAACGACAACAACGACAACUACAACAACAACGACGACAACCAAAAGACCAACCACCCAGCCGCCUCCUGCUCCAUUGCGCCAAUGUCCAAAGGGCACAGUGCUCAUCAACGAUACAUGCCACUUGGUUCAUUGUGGUAAGGGAGUCUAUAACGAUGUUCAUUGUGUAGAGCCGCGAUGCCCUAAGGGUACCUAUUGGUCGGGUCUGAAAUGCGUUUAUCCACAGCCCGUGGAAGUGGCACCUAUUCACCUCGAGCGAACAAUCAUCCAGGAAUCCAAGAGCACGCCCGACAUUGUGCUCAACAAUGUGCAGCAUCUGGCAGUCAACGCUUCGCUGACUCUGCCUACGGACUAUAGGGAUUAUGUAGAGGAAUCUGAAGAGAAGGAGAUCUUACCGCCGAUUGUUCUACCCACAUCUAGGCCACCACCCAAAUGCUGUACGGUUCUUGCACCACGCACUUGUCGAAGCUCAUCGCAGAGCAAUCGCUGGCAGUGCUUCAAUCCCAAACAGCAAGUGUGUGGCGACGUAUGCAGCGCCCCAAAAAUGGCUUUAAAGCCAGCCAGGAUUAGCAGCUGGAACGAGAACAAUUACCAAAUGCUCACCAUGCCGCCCAACUGGAACUCCGAUUGCCAGAUGCAGGGCAACUGUCCACGAACAUCAAAUCGUUAUGACUGUAGCGGCUGCGCGUCGGGCCACAUGACAUUCUGCUCGUCGUACUGCUACAACUAUCACUGCCGUAGUCCCACGUGCGCCUACUACGAUCAGCAGGAGUUCUGCGAUUCUCCACAAUUCGCCGGAUCCGUGGGCUGCAGUCCGGAUCAUGGAUGGCGUCGUUAAUUAGAUUGAUUGCAACAUAUUUAUCUUUUUGUUGCAUUCCAACUUAAUCGAAUGUUGUAUACUUUGUUUCAAUUGUAUACAUAUAUAUGUACACAUAUUUAUGUAUAAUUCUUUAAAAUUUCAAUAAAAUACAAAAAAUACACACAUAA